GGCUUGAAGGAGCCACAUACCUCUGAGCAGGCUGACAGGUCCCAUCGCAAAGGACAGAGCUCAGACCCAGAGAAACCAGGACUCUCAGAACUGGCAGACUUUCAACCAGGAGAGCACCCCUCCUCAGCGGUCCCCACAGCUUGACUACCAAGAUGCCUCAAUUACUGCGAAACAUCAAUGGAAUCAUCGAUGCCUUCCAACGCUAUGCCAGGACGGAGGGCAACUGCAUGGUGCUCACCCGGGGGGAGCUGAAAAGGCUCCUGGAGCAGGAGUUUGCUGACGUCAUCGUGAAACCCCAUGACCCGGCCACCGUGGAUGAAGUCCUGCGCCUGCUGGAUGAAGACCACUCAGGGACCGUAGAAUUCAAGGAAUUCCUGGUCUUGGUGUUCAAAGUCGCACAGGCCUGUUUUAAGACAUUGAGUGAGGGUCCUGAGGGAGCUUGUGGAUCUCAAGAGUCUGAAAACUCCACCCGUGGGGCCUCGGGGGAGCUGGGAAAAGGACAGAGAAGUGUCACAGAAGUAGGAGGCCUUGGGGAAGGACAGCAUCACAAGGGGAGCAGUGGUGGCCAGGGCAGGCAGGCUUCCAGAGGGCAAGAUGGGGCUGGGGCACACACCCAAGGACCGGACAUCAGCUCUUCCCAGAGACAGGGGAGAGAGAGCCAGCAGACACAAGCAAGGGGGCACGUGGAGCCUAGCCAGAGAGUGGGAGAAGACCAGGGUCACAUGACCAGCGAGUGGGUGCCGGAGAGACAGUCACAGACUAGAGAACAGAACAGAGCCCACCAGACACAUGGGACUGUUAGUGGCACCGUAACUCAGACACAGACAGGUGCCACCCACACCAUGGAGUGGGACGGGAGCCAGAUGAGCCAGGUAGCCUCUAGAGGACACAUUCAGAUACCUACAGGGUCACACACCCAGACCACACAGCAGGACAGGAGCCGCCAGACAGGAAGCACUAGCACCCAGUCUACCUAUGGCCAGACCAGAGGGACUGAGACCCACACUCAAGACUGGAGCCAGAUGAGCCAGGUAGCCAAUAGAGGACACGUGCAGAUACCUACAGGGUCACACACGCAGCAGGACAGGAGCCAUCAGACAGGAAGCACUAGCUCCCAGUCUACCCAUGGCCAGACCAGAGGGACUGAGACCCACACUCAAGACUGGAGCCAGAUGAGCCAGGUAGCCAAUAGAGGACACGUGCAGAUACCUACAGGGUCACACACGCAGCAGGACAGGAGCCAUCAGACAGGAAGCACUAGCUCCCAGUCCACCCAUGGCCAGACCAGAGGAACUGAGACCCAAACUCAAGACAAGAGCCAGAUGAGCCAGGUAGCCACAGGAGGGCACACUCAGACACAGACAGGAUCACACACGCAGCAGGACAGGAACCGCCAGACAGGAAGCACUAGCACCCAGUCCACCCAUGGCCAGACCAGAGGAACUGAGACCCAAACUCAAGACAAGAGCCAGAUGAGCCAGGUAGCCACAGGAGGGCACACUCAGACACAGACAGGGUCACACACCCAGACCGCACAGCAAGACAGGAACCAGACAGGGGCUAGAGAACAGGGACAGACCCUGACACAGUCAGGCUGCUCUGGGGCAGAAGAGAGAGUGCCAGGAGGUCAAGCCCAGGCUGGGGCCAGCACCUCGACAGGCAGGCAGGACGGCAGCAGCACUCACCCAGGGGGCAGUGUGACAGGAGGGCAGGGUGAAAGAGACCCCCCGAAGCUCAAGGAGGAGUGGGUUGAUGACCCAUCAAGAGAGCCAGUGAUUGGAAGGCAGGACCAGGGCAGCCUGCACACCGCCCAGCCGGAAGGAAAGCCAGAGCUCACAGCCAGGGGGCUGUAUUCCUACUUCACAGGCAACAAGCCAUGAGUGUCCCUGCCCUGGCUCCCAGUGCCCAAUGCCAGAAGACGUCAGCCGGAGAGGUGUUGGCUUGUGCUUCCCUGGCCAGUCUGGCUGGCAUGUCCCUGGACAUCAGAUCUUAAUCCUGGUGCCUCUCUCUUAGGCCUUUCUCAGUGAGGCCAUUUCUGCAAGGUGCCUUCUCUCCUACACUCUUCUCUCUUGCUGCUUUGCUGUGCAGACCUUCUCAGCAGCAGGAAGAUACAGAACAAGUUAUCCCUUUCACCGAAUGUUCCUCAGCUUGUGGAGUUUUCAGAACUACCUUUCUCUUUGCCCCCUGUCCACCACCCUAUCUAUCCUGGUGCAUCAAUAAAACCCAUCUAAG